AUGACGAGCUGCACACUCCUCUGGAGGGAGCUCUCGGACCACUUCUUGUCCUUGGAGCAAAACAUCCUGAAGAAGUCUGAGGCCCUCAGGAACAAAAUCCAAACCCUAGACCACCAGACCAAGGCCUCCCUCAACGAUCUCGAGAAGCGUGAGGUUACCAUCCAAGGCAGCGUUGAGAUCGUACUGGAGAAAGUGGAGGCGAAAAUGGAGGCUGCACUCACGGCUCUUCGGAGGGCAUCCCAAGAGGAUGAGAACGGAAAGGUCAACAACGGCAAGGGCUUACUGCUGAGUCUAAAGUCGUUUUUCUUGAAAAUGGACGCUCUUGGGUUUUGGAGGUUCAUCACUGGGAAGAAGAAAGAGUUGGACGCGUUGAGGGCUCAGAUGCCUCUAGCUCUGGCUGAGUGCGUGGAUCCACCAAGGUUCGUGCAGCAAUCGAUAUUGGAGGUGUUUUCGAUGGACAAGAGGGUGGAGAAGAGCGAUAGAGUGAAUGAUUUGGGCUGGGCCUGCGUUCUAGUGCUGGAGUCGUUAAUACUGGUGGUGGUGGACCCGAUGAUCGGGAAGUCAAGGUUGCUGGUGAUGCCGAGCGUGAAGGAUUGCGCCAAGGAAAUAGCCGAGAAGUGGAAGGCAAGCCUAGAGGAGUGCCGUGGGAUCGAGAACAUAAAGACAGGCCUUCAAGCUUGUUAA